CAUCCCUGUCUAAAGUCAUUCUGCAGCAUUUCCUUCACCGCGAUUAUUGGCCUAAAUUAAAUAAAAAUAACAAUUUGAACACUGAAUAAUAUUUCUUCAUCAGUGUCGUCAACAUGGGCUUGCUUUUAUUCCUUUUUGUGUUCUUGGUUGUUCUGAUAGCUUUGUUGCUGCUUGUGAAGCUGACAGGAUCGUCGAAGGGCCACGGGGGACCCCCACACCUGCCGGCGCUCCCGAUCAUCGGCAGUCUGCUCAGCCUGCGCAGUGACAGCCCGCCACACAUCCUCUUCCAGAGUCUGCAGGAGAAAUACGGACCGACGUAUUCUCUAAUGAUGGGCGCGCAUAAACUGAUCCUGGUCAACCACCACGUGCACGCCAAGGAGGUUUUACUGAAGAAGGGGAAGAUAUUUGCCGGGAGACCCCGAAGUGUCACCACAGAUGUACUGACCAGGGACGGGAAAGACAUCGCGUUCGGGGACUACGGUCCCACCUGGAGGUUCCAUCGGAAGAUCGUGCACGGAGCCCUGUGCAUGUUCGGGGAGGGCUCAGCCUCCAUCGAGAAGAUCGUUUGCCAGGAGUCGCAGUCUCUGUGCACCGCCGUAUCCGAGGCGGCCUUGCGCGAUCUGCCGCUGGACCUGGCACCGGAGCUCACGCGGGCGGUCACCAACGUGAUCUGCGCGCUCUGCUUCAACUCCUCGUACCGCCGGGGCGACCCGGAGUUCCAGUCCAUGCUGGGCUACAGCCAGGGCAUCGUGGACACCGUGGCCAAGGACAGCCUGGUGGAUAUCUUCCCCUGCUUGCAGAUCUUUCCCAACGCAGACCUGCGCCUUCUCAAGGACUGUGUAGCGGCCAGAGACAGUCUUCUGCAGAAGAAAUAUGAUGAACACAAAGCCGACUACAGCGACCACGUGCAGAGGGACCUGCUGGACGCCCUGCUGCGGGCCAAGCGCAGCGCGGAGAACCACAACCUGACGGAGGCCGUGGGGCUGAGCGACGACCACGUGCUCAUGACUGUCGGCGACAUCUUUGGCGCUGGCGUGGAAACCACGACGACCGUGCUCAAAUGGGCCGUCGCCUACCUCAUCCAUUACCCACAGGUGCAGAAGCGUAUACAGGAGGAGCUGGACAGCAGGGUGGGCCGUGACCGGACCCCCCAGAUCAAAGACAGGGGGAGUCUGCCUUACCUGGAAGCCACCAUCCGGGAGGUGCUGCGGAUCCGCCCCGUCGCCCCCCUGCUCAUCCCCCACGUGGCCCUCGCUGACACCAGUAUCGGAAACUUUGCUGUAAGCAAAGGUGACCGGGUCAUUAUUAACCUGUGGUCACUGCACCAUGACGAAAAGGAGUGGAAAAAUCCAGAAAUCUUUGACCCAGGUCGUUUCCUGGACGCAGAGGGCUCGGGUGUGGCGCUCCCGUCUCCCAGCUACCUGCCGUUCGGUGCGGGCGUGCGGGUGUGUCUCGGGGAGAGCCUGGCCAAGAUGGAGCUCUUCCUCUUCCUGUCGUGGACGCUGCAGCGUUUUACCUUCUCCGUGCCGGCGGGCCGGCCGCUGCCAAGCCUGGAGGGGAAGUUUGGGGUAGUUCUGCAGCCCGCCAAGUACGAAGUCCACGCCACACUGCGAGCGGGAUGGGAGUCCUGAUAGCCAGCUAGGAGGCGACCACACACUGGGGUUACCUGGUGUCGGGUUUGAUAUCAGGAUUGUUUUGGGCGACUCAGUCUUCUUUUUCUAAUGUAUCUGUAAAAGGGGGCUGGGAACAAUUCGUAAACGUUAUAGGCUCAGUAUCAUGAAAAGAGGGUCCAUUUCGAUUACGUUUGAGUUUUUCACCAAAAUCAUCGCAAACAUUUUGGCUAAGCUAUGGUUAAGCAUUAAGAUAUGCAUGGCGACUUGAGUCCGAGGAUCUUCACAGACGUGUGGACGGAGGCGUAUAAACCUGACUUUAUUGGAGUGUGCUGCGCUUCCUUUCAGUUCCGUCCGCUGUUCGAUGAGAAGUAUAUCACUCACAUUUCGAUACGAAAAAACGCCACACAAUUUAGCCAUGGCAUAUCGAGUGGCAAAUAACAGUUGAAGGGUGCAUCAUUGUGCAGCGUAUUCUCAGAAUCACUAGUAAAUUGUGGGACUUGUUCGUAUUCUAAACUCUUGAAUGCUAAUAUGUUGUAGAUACAUUUUCUAAUAAUCAGGCGUUACACAAUUAUCGGUCAAUAACAUCAUUUAAUCAUUUAUACAAUCCCAAAAACAAUAAACAUAAUAAAAAAAAAAAGGAGAAAUUUAGUAAUUCAUUACACAGAUAACAAAAUGAGCUUAAAGACAGAAAAACACCUGGCACCAGCAA